AUGCGUCGACUCUUAAGUCUAUCGGCGCUGCUAGCAGCCCUAGCAAUCCCGCUCUCUACCUUCGCCGAGCUCACUCGCCGCGAGCUCCAACCUCUCCCGCUCUCCGUCCGUGACCGUGACAUCGUCGAUGCCCGCAACGCAACGGUCGCCCUCGUUGGCGUAAACUGGGCAGGACACGAGCGAACCAUGCUGCCCGAAGGACUGCAAUACCAGUCCAUCGCCCACAUCGUCAAGCGCAUUGCCGAAACCGGCUUCAAUUCUGUUCGGCUAACGUUCGCCACCGAAAUGGUGGAUGACAUUGUCGACCGGGGCGGCGAUGUAGAUCUCAAGACGACGCUCCAGAAUGCGCUGGGCCCGGAGAAUGGUACGGCUAUCUUGAAGCAGAUUCUCAAGAAUAAUCCAUCUUUUAGCGAGAGUUCGAAGAGGCUUGAUGUGUGGGAUGCUGUUGCGACGGAGCUGGGCAGACAGAAGAUCUACGUGCAUCUUGAUAAUCAUGUUUCCAAGGCCGGCUGGUGUUGUACGCCGUAUGAUGGGAACGGGUGGUUCGGUGACACGAACUUCAAUACAUCCAACUGGGUUCGCGGGUUAUCCUAUAUGGCAGAGCAUGGGAAAGCUUCAAAUUGGACAACCUUCAUCAGCAUGGGUCUCCGCAACGAACUCCGCGACCCCUUUUCCGCAUCCCCUCCUCCUAGCCUGGAGAACACGACCUGGACGACGUGGAAGACCCGCAUGGUGCAAGGCGCGAACGCAAUUCACGCCGCCAACCCAGACGUUCUCAUCUUCUUUGGCGGGCGCAUCUUUGACUUUGACAUUUCGGCACCCGUGCAAGGGGAGUUUGCUAGCGAGCCCGGGUUCAACUUCUCCAUUGCCGAGUUCUCGUUCAAGAACAAGUUCGUAUUUGAGCAGCAUCAGUAUGACCAAGGGCUUGUUGAUGACUCAUGCACGAGUUAUCGGGAUAUCUUGACGGCGUUUGGGUCCGAUGUUAUGACUAUUGGGAAUAACGGGACGACGAACGGGACCAUGACGAACGGGACGAGUAAUCGAGCGCCGUUGGUUAUGACGGAGUGGGGACAUGAUCAGACCGACGAAAGCGGCGCGUUCAAGGAUAAGUUCCGGAGAUGCCUGGUUGACUUUAUGGUUGACCGGCAAAUUAGCUGGAUGGUAUGGGUCAUGGGUGGAAGUUACUACACGCGUGAAGGUGUGCAAGACAAGGAUGAGCCUUGGGGUGAGUCUACUUUCUUCGUCGAGGAGAUGUCGAUGAUUGCUAACUUCUCUGUGAUAGCCCUUCUUGACCACAACUGGGAUGCUUACCGCGGGAAAGCUUCUAUCCGACAACUCCAGCAUGACAUGGAGAGGACGUACGAGGCCUUCCAUCAGUCUAUGCCUGAUGCUGGAAGAAGUCCAGGGAAUCAGCCAAAGAGUGUCGCAACGUCCUUUUCGUACAGCAUGUCUUUGGCUACUUUGAUAGGCAUCGUCGUAGCAGGUAUCUUGGCUUAG